UUCUCAUGCAACCUUACUUCUUGAAUUAAAUAUUAGAAUUGCUUAUUGGGGGUUGGACUACAGGGCAAUGAAGCAGAAUUCAUUCCCUUUGGCAUUCCAUUAACAAUUUGUGAGCUUGUAUUGCCAUUGACACAGAUAGACUACUGCAAUGGUAGCAUCUUGGUAAUUUCCUGUACCUUCUGUAAUGGUGCUGCUACUCAAGACCCAGAUAAAUGGUUUAGCCAGACAAGCGGAGGUUUUAAUUUCAUGGAAGGAACCCUUCAGAUUAUUAGGGUUUUUCAUUGGUGGCAGAACAUACACGACACUUCAUUGCAGAGACUCUUAUCACUAUACCUACUUGCUGCAACACUGUAAAAGCACCAAAUCGAUCAAAAAACUCCAUGCCCAGAUAACCACUGGAGGUUUUGAGCAAAACCCAUUUGUCGUUGCAAAGCUAGUUGGCAAGUAUGUUGAGUGCAGUGAAUCAAGCAUGGAAGCUGCACGGAAGGUGUUUGAUAGAUUGCUCGAGAGAGAUGUUUUUGUGUGGAACAUGGUUAUUCAGGGUUAUGCGAAUGUGGGUCCUUUUGUUGAAGCACUCAAUGUGUAUGAUAGAAUGCGGUUGAGUGGUGUGCCUGCAAAUAGGUACACCUACCCUUUUGUGCUCAAGGCUUGUGGUGCAAUGAGAGAUGGAAAACGAGGUCGGAUUGUUCAUGGACAUGUCGUGAAAUGUGGACUCGACUCGGAUUUGUUUGUUGGGAAUGCUCUUAUUGCCUUGUAUUCCAAGUGUGAGGAGAUUGAGAUAUCGAGAAGAGUGUUUGAUGAAAUACCUGGGAAAGAUUCUGUAAGUUGGAAUUCCAUGAUUUCAGGGUAUACGGCAAAUGGAAAUCCUCACGAGGCUCUAAUGCUUUUCCACACCAUGCUGCAAGAUCAUGCUGCAUCCUUGCCUGACCAUGCCACUCUUGUGUGCAUUCUUCCGGCUUGUGUUGAAGCAUCAGCUAUCGAAGUUGGCUUUUGGAUUCAUUCUUUCAUUAUAAAGUCAAGUAUGAAAGUAGACGCUGUUUUAGGCAGCGCUCUCAUUACAAUGUACGCAAAUUGUGGUCGCGUAACCACUGCCAGAGUUAUUUUUGAUCAAAUCAGUGAGAAAAAUGUGGGGGCGUGGAGUGCAAUGAUGCGGUGUCAUGGAAUGCAUGGGCAUGCAGAUGAGGCACUCCAAAUGUUUUCACAGUUUGCGGAGUCUGGCUUACGCCCGGAUGGUAUUGUAUUUUUGUGUUUGCUGUCCACUUGUAGUCACUCGGGGUUCAUCACAAAAGGCUUGGAACUUUUUGAGAAAAUGGGAGAAUAUGGAGUAGCGAAAAGCAAGAAACAUUAUGCUUGUGUGGUCGACCUUCUGGGAAGAGCUGGUUUACUUGACCAGGCGGUUGAACUUAUCAGAACCAUGCCCAUGGAGGCAGGUAAAGAUGUAUAUGGGGCCUUACUGGGAGCUUGUAGAAUACAUAAUAACAUAGAACUCGCCGAAAAAGCUGCAGAAAAGUUGUUUGUUUUGGACCCUGAAAAUGCUGGGAGGUAUAUUCUUCUGGCCAGCAUGUAUGAAGAUGCAGGUAGAUGGGAGGAUGCUGGUAGAGUGAGGAAGCUACUGAGAGACAACAACGUCAAGAAACCAACUGGAAGUAGUUCGAUCGAGGUGGAAUGUAUGUAUCACAGAUUUGGAGCAGAUGAUGAAUCUCACCCGUAUACAGACCAAAUUUUCAACACAUUGCAGAGACUGGAUAGGAUAAUGGAAGAAGAAACACUGAAACAGUGAUGGUUUAAAGUGAUUGUCGUAUCCCAGACGAGUUAUACAAUUUGAUAAGCUUACGGAUAGUCAACAUUGUCACUGUUAGAGCAAUUGCUCUGGAUUAUUGACCUAAUACAUUUUGUUCUAGGAAGUUUACGCUUUUCAUUUGCGUAUUAA